AUGGGCUGGCUGUGGAAUAGCAGCCCGGCUCCGGCUGAGCAGACACAAAAAACAGACCCAUCACCUCCAACGAACGAUUCGCGGUCUCUACCAUUGAAUUCUACAACAGAACAGUCCACCCCUCAGAGGAAACCUCUUGGCCGUGAUGAGCUCGCAGAGGCCGAGUUCAACGAAUUAUUAAAGUCGCUAGAUACUUCUUCCUCAUCCACUGAACAGCAUGCGCCAUCAACGCCGAAAUCUCCGACCUCCAAGCCACUGCCCUCACAGUCCAUUCACUUCGAAUCCCCGCCUACCCAAUUUCAGUCGGAUUCGCUCUACCCCAAAACUAUGUCUUGCCGCACCGCUUUUGAUUACGCAUACUUUUGCCAGUCGUUCGGAGGUCAAUGGGUGAAUGUCUAUCGAUAUGGUGAACUCAGGUCGUGCAGCGAGCAUUGGUCUGACUUUUGGUUCUGUAUGCGUUCAAAGUCACUUUCUGACGAGGAAAGAGAAAAGGCUAUCUCCGAUAGAUAUAGGCGGAAGGCCAUCAAGUACAAGACUGGCCCCAGUAGUGAAGAUAUCUGGGACCUAAGAAAGGAGCCGGUUGUGGGAGCAUUCCAAGGCGAUUAUCUCGCCUUUGAGAGAGAGAUGGAACGGCUAAAGCAGCAAGAUAAUGGUGCAAAAGUUAACGGGGACAACACUAUGGGAGCAUGA